GUGAUUACACAGCAUUAAUAAAAAAUCUUUCUCUGUUAGUUGAGUUAGUUAUUCUCCCCAUCAAUUGGUAUCAGAGCUCAUCGCUCCUUCGGACCGACUAACCACCGCGAACGGCGCUGCAACCACCUGAGUUCCGUUUGGGUUCCUUCGAUGUCGAGUUCAAGCGGGUUUCUUGGUAAUCUACCAGUUCUUGAUGCGAAGAACUGGGACAAAUGGUGUAUACAAAUGAAAGUGAUUUUCGGAUUCCAAGAAGUUAGUGAAGUCAUCGAAGAUGGAAUUCCGAGUCUGGGAGAGCAUCCAACAGAAGCGGAACGCAGAGAUUAUCGUGAGGCUAAGAAGAAAGAUUGCAAAGCUCUAUUUCUUCUUCACCAAUCUGUAGAUGAUUCGCACUUUCAGAAAAUUUCUUCGGCUAAAACAAGUCAAGAGGCCUGGAAGAUAUUAGAACAAAGUCAUUCUGGGGGAGAUAAGGUAAAGAAAGCUAGACUGCAAACCCUAAAACGCCAGUUUGAAUUGCUUAAAAUGAUGGACUCUGAAACUAUAGCGGAUUAUGUCAAUAGAGUUGUGUCUCUUUCCAAUUCUAUGAGAAGAUGUGAUUAUGAAGUUAAGGUGUCUGAUAUUAAUGAAAAAAUCAUGAGAUCUUUGUUAAAGAAAUUCGAUUAUUUUGCUUGUGCUAUUGAAGAAUCGAAAGAUGUGGGGUCUAUGGCUACUGAGAAUUUGCAGAGCACUCUUGAGAUUUAUGAACAAAAAAUAAUGGAAAGAGAUACUGAGGAUAUACAAGAACAGGCUCUACUGGUUCAGAAAUUUAAGAAAGGGGAUGCAAGGAAGAAUGAUCAAAAAGGGAAAGGAAAAGGGAAGGGUAAGACUCACAGUAUUGGAAAACCUGACAGAAUGGAGUCCAUUUCUAAUGAUGAGAAUGAUAAGCCAAAAACACAGAAGAAGAAAUUUGAUAAGAAGAAAAUCCAAUGCUACAAUUGCAAGAAAUGGGGCCAUUUUGCUGAUGAGUGUUGGUUUGGUGAAGGGAAGGAUAAAAGGCCUAAGAGCUGGCACAAGGAGGAAGAAGCUUAUACUGCAGAAGAGGAAAACUCACAAGAUGAUGAACCAG